AAGUGCGCGUGGGCCGGCAAGAUGGCGCCUGCGGCGGGCCCGCUGCAUGUCCUCUGCCGUGUCUGCCGCUUGUUGCUGUUCCUCUCGCAGUUCUGCUUCUUGUCGGGCGGUGAGCAUUCGCAACCGCUGGCUCAGUCAAUAAAAGAUCCGGGCCCUACACGUACUUUCACAGUAAUUCCCAGAGCAGCAGAAAGCACUGAUAUUCCACCUUACAUGAUGAAGUGCCCUAGCAACGGUUUGUGCAGCAGACUCCCUGCGGACUGUGUAGACUGCAAGACAAAUUUCUCCUGUGUCUAUGGGAAGCCUGUCACGUUUGACUGCACAGUCAAACCUUCUGUUACCUGUGUUGAUCAAGAUUUCAAAUCCCAAAAGAACUUCAUCAUCAACAUGACUUGCAGAUUUUGCUGGCAGCUUCCAGAAACCGAUUAUGAGUGUUCCAAUUCCACCAACUGCAUGACGGUGUCUUGCCCGCGGCAGCGCUACACCGCCAACUGCACGGCGCGAGACCAUGUUCAUUGCUUGGGUAACCGUACUUUUCCCAAAAUGCUGUACUGCAACUGGACUGGAGGUUAUAAGUGGUCUACAGCUCUGGCGCUCAGCAUCACCCUCGGGGGCUUUGGAGCCGACCGCUUCUACCUGGGCCAGUGGCGAGAAGGCCUCGGCAAGCUCUUCAGUUUCGGUGGCCUGGGAAUCUGGACCCUGAUCGAUGUCUUGCUAAUUGGAGUGGGCUAUGUUGGACCAGCGGAUGGCUCUCUGUACAUUUAGGUGCUUCAGAGAGGAGCAGUGCUCACAACACGUCCUUUUGCCUUUCAGAAUAAAUGUGCCGUGAGGGGGUUAUUUAUAUGUUUUUAAUGUACAGCAUCUGUACUUCGCCUGCCUUGAUGAAGGUAAAACAAACACUGAACCAUGCUUGUCUCAAAUUUGUUUUUAUUUGCCUGAAAUAUAUUUUUUUCUGUGAAAAAUUUAACUAGAAGAACAAACUACAGUGAUUGAAAAUCUAUUUAAUUCCUAUGACUUUAGUUUUAUAUUGUUUAAGUUAAAGUGUAUCACUCGUGUCUCUGGCCUGAAUGUCAUCUGUCUCGAAAAGCUUGUCAGCUCUGGUCGCAGAAAGUGGGACUUGUUUUUAUUCUUUAGCGCAAUGAAGUUACCUACCUAAACUUCAGUGACCUGUGAGUUCUGCACUGUAAUAGGUAUGUAGUCUGGGCUUGUGUGACUGACGUGAACUGCACAACUUUUGUGUCUAGUCACUGUGGUCGAACUGUGUUAGUGACAUAAAAAGGUUGUAAAAAUACUGAAAAUCAAUAAAGUUACAAGAUACUUUAAGAAACUUUGCAG